CCAACAUCAGCUGCAAUUGCAGACAAUCAAACAUCUCUGAGCCCAAUGCACUUUCUUGAAAGAGCCGCUGUCGUCUACGGCGACUGCCCUUCCAUUAUCUACAAAGACAUCACUCGCACCUGGUCCCAAACCCGCACCAGAUGCCUCAAACUCGCUUCAUCCAUCGCUGCCCUCGGCAUCACCCGAGGCGACGUCGUAUCAGUGGUGGCCCCCAACAUCCCCGCCAUGUGCGAGCUCCACUUCGCCGUUCCCAUGGCCGGCGCCGUCCUCAACACCAUCAACACCCGCCUCGACGCCAACAACAUCUCCAACUUGCUCAGCCACGGCAACUCCAAGCUCGUUUUCGUCGACUCACAGUUCGCAUCUCUUGUCUGGGAUGCUAUAACGCUGCUUCCGCCGCAUCUUCGCCGCCCUAUAUUAGUCCACAUCGAAGAUCAAGAAUAUAGCUGUAUCGACAAUUCGUUUGAUCUUGAUUACGAGAUCAUGGUACAAAACGGUGACGCGGAGUUCGAGUGGGUCCGGCCACGCAGCGAGUGGGACCCGAUCGCGUUAAACUACACCUCCGGCACGACUGCCGCGCCGAAGGGGGUGGUGCACAGCCACCGCAGCGCGUUCCUACAAUCGGUCAACACGUUGUUCGAGUGGUCGGUGCCGCGGCGGCCGGUGUACCUGUGGACGGUGCCGAUGUUCCACUGCAACGGGUGGAGCUUUGCAUGGGGUUUGGCGGCGGUGGGAGGCGUCAACGUCUGCCUCCGCCGAGUGGAUGCGCCGUCUAUCUACCAGUCUCUAGAGGAGCAUGGAGUGACGCACAUGAGCGCCGCGCCGGUGGUGCUCAAUAUGUUGAGCAAUUACACCGGGAAGACGUUGACCGCUCCUGUCCAUGUGUUGACCGGUGGAGCGCCGCCGCCUGCAGCGGUCCUUGGGCGGGCGGAGUCGUUGGGGUUCAUUUUGACUCAAGGGUACGGGUUGACUGAGACAGGUGGGCUUGUUGUGAUGUGCACGUGGAAGCAAGAAUGGGAGCAUUUGAAAGGGUCGGAGAGAGCGAGGCUGAAGGCAAGACAAGGAGUGGGAUCUAUUUGCACCACUGAAGUGGACGUGGUGGACUCAUACACUGGCCAGAGCGUGGCCCGCGACGGCAAGACAAUUGGGGAGGUGGUGCUGAGAGGCGGCACAUUAAUGUUGGGAUAUCUAAACGACGAAGAGGGAACAUCGCGGUGCAUGAAAGAGAAUGGGUGGUUUUGGACAGGAGACAUGGGCGUGAUGCAUGAAGACGGGUAUUUGGAGAUCAAGGAUAGGUCCAAGGAUAUCAUCAUAUGCGGUGGGGAGAACGUUAGCAGCGUCGAGGUUGAGUCCGUUCUCUACAGUCACCCUGCGGUACACGAGGCGGCUGUGGUGGCACGGCCGUGUAAGCACUGGGGGGAAACGGCGUGUGCAUUUGUGAGCUUGAAAGCAGAGAAGAAGCCAUCGGAGAAGGAGAUGAGGGAGUUCUGUAAGGAGAGGAUGCCGCUUUUCAUGGUGCCCAGGUCGGUGGUGUUCAUGCCAGAGCUGCCCAAGACAUCUACCGGAAAAAUCCAGAAAUUUUUGCUACGGGAUAUGGCUAAACAAAUCUAA